AUGGUAAACGAGUGUUCUUGCAUUCCACCCCCAUCAGAAUUCAGCCACUUAGCUACCCCCAACCCACCUCCAGACAUGUCCAUGGCGACUGCAUCGCUGCCAAGCUCUGCUGGAUCCUCGCUUGUUGCAAGCACCUCGGCUGAUGGUGAAGCAUCAACGUCUAAACAGCCACACUCGUGCAUGCAAGCCACGGUUCCGGCCAGUGUAGAGACAAAGAAGACAAGAAGCCAGACUCGCGAGACCACCAGGAAGCCAUCAGAGGUGCGGUGCAAAGGGAGCCCGUGGACUCCACUUGGACAAGUCAGCAAAGGUGGAAGGGCCCCGGUCAUUGCACCCAAGUUUGACAUCCGGCAAGUGCAGCUUUUCAUUCAAAUCUUCAUUGAGAUGAAUGAUUGGCCUAAAACAUGA